CGCGCGCGCGAUUCGUCCCCUUCCCCGCCAAAUCCCGCGCCCCCGGCCCAAACCUCCCGCGACCUGCGGCUCGCUGGCCACCUUAAAUCCCCAGGCGCCUCCCCCUUCGCCUCCCCUCCUCGCCGCUCGCCUCCCUGCAGCCCCCAGAACCUCCUCGGUCCACGCCGCCGGCGGCCCCCCGGGAGCAUGUCUCACCGGGAGAAGCCCGCACCGGCAGCGGUAAGGGCGGAUCGUCAAGCCCUAGCGCCGCCGCCUCCGCGUCGCGUCCCGAUGCUGCCGAGCUACUGGGUUCACCUUACCCCCGGCGGCAGCUCUACACCGAACCCGCGGCAAAUGGAGUCAACCACUGAGUCAUCUUGCUCUCUCACUGCUGUUGGUGGCCGGAGCAAAGUAGCAACCGACUGUCGAGUUGAGAACCGCUGUGCUGCCCGCAACCGCAACCAGUUUGAAGGAAUGCGGAAGAAGGCUGUGGUGACCAGUGAGGACCGCAUCAGUGAACUCCCAGAUGUGCUCCUCCACCAUGUGCUCUCCUUGUUGCCGGUGCAUGAGGCCGUGCAGACAUCUGUGCUGGCCCGCCGGUGGCGAUACCUCUGGAAGCACAUACCUGUCCUGCGCCUCCUAGGUCCCAACAAGAAGAGGUUCACCAGCGCCGAGGAUUUCGACAAGUUUGUGAACCAUCUCAUUUCCCUCCGUGGCCAUUUACCUCUUGUCAGCUGCGAGAUCCAAGCCUAUCCAACCAGUGAUGAUUAUGCUGGUGAACCUGAUGAACCCUUGCCAAACAUAUACUUUGAUUCGUGGAUCCAAUAUGCUCUAUUGCAAGGUUCAGGUUCUCAAAAUCAUCGGUGAUGAUGUGGGAGCGGAAACUGAGCUCAUCGUGCCUCUCAUCUCCCAGCACCUGAGGAGCCUGGAAGUUCAUCAUGUUCUGGUGGAAAAGGAUUUUGUUGAUUUUUCAAGCUGUCCAAUGUUAGAAGAACUGAAGAUGCAGCACUGUGGCCUUUGGGUGUGCAAGAUGUCGUUUCCAUCGCUAAAGCGUUUGUGGCUUACUGAAUGCAACUUCCCUGAGGCGUAUCGUGUUUGUAUUUCUGCACCCAGUCUUGUUUCACUGCGUCUGCAUGACAGUGGAGGCAAGACUCCUUUGCUUGAAAGCAUGCCAUUGCUUGAUACAGCGUCCCUUGACCUUUCUGGUCGAUGCAAUGAUAAGUGUCGGGGUUGUGGUGGUGAUCCAAGCUGUGAAGGUUGUCAUGGUUAUCCUGCUGGGAGUUAUCAUAGUGUCCUUUUGAAUACUUUGUCCAAUGCUGUAAAUUUGGAGUUGAAAGAUCAACCUGAAGUGUAUAUCUACAAAAGGGAUUUGGAAUGUUGCCCCAUAUUUGGCAGAUUGAAGACUCUUUUACUCGACAUGUGGUGCAGGGCUACUGACCUGCAUGCACUAGUUUGCAUUCUGCAGCACACGCCAGUUCUUGAAAAGCUCACUCUCCAGCUUCGUAGCGACUGGAAUUUGUUAAGUGCAGCCCGAGGUGAAAGAAAACAUGUUCGAAUAGAGCAAUCAUUUUCAUGUGUGCAUCUUCAGGAAGUCAGCAUUGAAUGUGAAGAGAAACUAAGGGUCAAGGAUAAGGUCAACCAAAUUGUGAAGAUCAUGACUAGAAAUGGCGUACUUACUGAGAACAUCAGUUUCAAGAAGAUCCCAAGGCCAGAAGUCUAUCAUCUUGUGUGUGUAUCACCUAGGGCCUUUGAUCCCUACUGGUCCGGUGAAGACUAAAUUGGUGUGUUGAACCAGUGAUAAAAAUUGUUUCAAGCCUUGUGUUGUUUUGUCCAAACCUUUUUAACAGUGGCCCUGUGCUGGCAGCUGGUACAACUCAGGAAACAGUUUCCAGUUGGGUAGUAUGUUUUUUUUUCUAAGUUAAAUUGGGCAGUAUGUAAAGAUGUUACUGGUGCUAUUUAUAUUUUGUCAGUACUGAAAAUUGUGUCGUCA